ACAGAGAAUCGUUAGCAUUCCAUACUUACUUUCAAAUCCUUUUUUCAUCAUUACUGCGAUAGUAAUGAUGUGGCAAUAUUAUGGAUGGACUAUUUUAGUAGGAUUCUCCAUCAUAUUUCUGUACAUUCCUAUACAACUUGCAUUAAGUAAACUAUAUUCAAAACUGAGAUUACAAGCAGCAAUAUUGGGAGAUAAAAGAUUAAACCUGUUGAACGAGAUGAUUGCUGAUAUGAGAUUAAUUAAAAUGUACACCUGGGAAUUGCCAUAUUCUGCGUUAAUUGAAAAAAUCAGAAUAAAAGAAAUGAAAAAAAUACGAAUGUUUUUAUAUACCAGAGAGAUGUCAGUAAUGUUGUCAUAUCCCAUCUCGAAAUUAUUUACUUCUGUCACAUAUCUUGCAUUUUUUUUAACUGGAGGACAAUUAAAUGCCGAAAUUGUAUUUGUCACCAUGAUUUUGUCCUUUUUCAUCUUCGUUAGUAUUAUAAAUCACUUUUCUACUGCAAUAAAUUCUAUUGCGGAAAUUUUGGUAUCCUUGAAGAGAAUCCAGGAUUAUCUCGUCCUUGAAGAAACAGACAGAAAUGCCUUGAAAAUUGUAGAGGAAAGAUCAAAUUUAACCGAGUUUGGAAUAUGGAUGGACAAUGUCACUGCUGCAUGGAGAAAAGGAACCGAACCAACAUUAAAUGAAAUAACUAUGAAUGUGCAGCCAGGAGAAUUAUUAACUGUUACAGGUCCUGUUGGAUCAGGAAAGGUAAAUAUCUUCUUUNUAAUUGUUUAUAUUUGCAGAAAAGAAAUGAAAAAAAUACGAAUGUUUUUAUAUACCAGAGAGAUGUCAGUAAUGUUGUCAUAUCCCAUCUCGAAAUUAUUUACUUCUGUCACAUAUCUUGCAUUUUUUUUAACUGGAGGACAAUUAAAUGCCGAAAUUGUAUUUGUCACCAUGAUUUUGUCCUUUUUCAUCUUCGUUAGUAUUAUAAAUCACUUUUCUACUGCAAUAAAUUCUAUUGCGGAAAUUUUGGUAUCCUUGAAGAGAAUCCAGGAUUAUCUCGUCCUUGAAGAAACAGACAGAAAUGCCUUGAAAAUUGUAGAGGAAAGAUCAAAUUUAACCGAGUUUGGAAUAUGGAUGGACAAUGUCACUGCUGCAUGGAGAAAAGGAACCGAACCAACAUUAAAUGAAAUAACUAUGAAUGUGCAGCCAGGAGAAUUAUUAACUGUUACAGGUCCUGUUGGAUCAGGAAAGACGUCUUUAUUAAUGUCCAUAUUGGGAGAGAUUCCUAUCACUUCUGGUAAAGUGACAGUGAAAGGAAAGAUCUCUUAUGCUUCACAAGAAGCUUGGGUGUUCAAUGAAACUAUCAGAGAAAAUAUUUUGUUUGGAGAAGAAUAUCAAGAAGAGAAAUAUAGAAAUGUCUUGCAUAUAACAGCUUUAGAAAAGGAUAUAAGUUUAUUUCCUAAAGGCGAUCUCACUAUCGUAGGAGAAAGAGGAGUGAUAAUGAGCGGUGGCCAAAAGGCAAGAAUUAAUCUAGCAAGAUCAUUAUAUCUAGAUGCCGAUAUAUUCCUCCUUGAUGAUCCACUGAGUGCUGUUGAUGUUCCAGUGGCGAAACAUAUCUUCGAGAAAUGUAUAAUGGAAUACUUGAAAGAUAAGAUUUGCAUUCUAGUUACACACCAAUUACAGUUUUUAAAUUCUGGAAGCAAAAUUUUAUUAUUAAAUAAGGGAACGUGUGAAUUCUUUGGUAAUGUCAAUGAAAUUGAAAAUUUAAAAAUGCUUACUGGAAUUUCUUCAGAGUCAGAAAUGGCUUUAAGUAGCAUGGAAUUACAUACUGCACACUUCAACGUUGAUGAAGUAAUCGAAAGUACUGAAUCCGAUAUCCAUGAUGACAUGGAAUAUAGUAACAACAGUAAUGCAAGUAGAGUAAUUGAGAUAUCAUUAUAUCUAGAUGCCGAUAUAUUCCUCCUUGAUGAUCCACUGAGUGCUGUUGAUGUUCCAGUGGCGAAACAUAUCUUCGAGAAAUGUAUAAUGGAAUACUUGAAAGAUAAGAUUUGCAUUCUAGUUACACACCAAUUACAGUUUUUAAAUUCUGGAAGCAAAAUUUUAUUAUUAAAUAAGGGAACGUGUGAAUUCUUUGGUAAUUUCAAUGAAAUUGAAAAUUUAAAAAUGCUUACUGGAAUGUCUUCAGAGUCAGAAAUGGCUUUAAGUAGCAUGGAAUUACAUACUGCACACUUCAACGUUGAUGAAGUAAUCGAAAGUACUGAAUCCGAUAUCCAUGAUGACAUGGAAUAUAGUAACAACAGUAAUGUGGAAGCUGAAAAUAACGAAAUGCCACAUGAUGAGGGAGUUGGCAUAAUAGGAAUUUCAAUUUAUAAAGAAUAUCUGAAUGCCGGCACUGGUUUCCUUUUCAAGAUUAUUGUAUUAGUGACAUUUAUUAUAUCACAAUCGAUUACAAGUGCAAGCGACUAUUGGCUAAUAAAAUGGUUACGUGAUAAAAGAAUUUAUAGUGAAAAUAUAGAUAAACUGGAAAAUAUUACAGAUAAGACAAGAAUUCAUAAUAACAAUAAAGACAUAAAUUUUUAUCAUAGUGAAGAAUUCAACAUAUAUGUUUACUUUGGAUUAAUAUGUGUAGUAUUUCUAACAACAUUACUUUCUGGAUCAUUAGUGUAUGAGAUGUUUACAUCUGCAUCUAGAAAACUUCACAACAAUAUGUUCCGUUGUAUUAUUCGAACUCCAAUAUCAUUUUUGGAUAACAAUCCCGUUGGAAAGAUCUUAAAUCGGUUUUCCAAGGAUGUUAGUAACAUGGACGAUACAUUACCUUUAAACUUUUGCACUUUAAUAAGAGGAUGCUUUCUUCUUGUUGGCAUAUUUGUUGUUCAAGCAAUCCUUUCUCCUUAUGUAUUGAUAUUAACAAUUCUCCUUUUAAUAGUGUUUUACGUUUUACAAACAAUCUAUAGCCGAGUGUUACAAAGCAUAAAGCAUAUGGAAGGAAAAUCAAGAAGUCCAGUAUUUUCGCAUCUAAGUGUUUCUCUUUACGGACUUGCAACAAUUAGAGCAUUUAAAGCUCAAGAUAAAUUUACAUCCACCUUUCAUAAGUAUCAAGAUAAGCACACUGCAACAUGGUUCACUUACGUAGCCUUAUAUCGAUGGCUUAAUGUAUACGGUUACUUCGUUUGUUUCAUAAAUUUCAUUAUUAUCAUCGUUAUUUUUAUUGUUUCAAUUAAUGCAGAUCAUAUAGGAAGCCAAAUUGGACUUCUUAUAAACUAUGGAGUAUUAAUACUAAUUUACUUCCAACUCCUUAUGAAGAAUUCAUCUGAAGUAGAAUUUCAGAUGAACUCUGUUGCACGCAUACUGAACUACAGCAAGUUGAAAUCAGAAGGAUCGUAUGAAAGUUCACCCGAUAAACAACCACCCAAAGACUGGCCACAAAAAGGAGAAAUUCAUUUUGAUAAUGUUUCUUUACGAUAUUCCAACGAUAAAAAUAUUGUUUUAAAGAACUUAACAUUUCGUAUUCACUCGGGAGAAAAGAUAGGAAUUGUCGGAAGAACAGGAGCUGGAAAAAGUUCUAUAAUUGCUUCGUUAUUUCGCAUGACAGAGCCAACGGGAACAAUUACCAUCGAUGGAAUUGACACCAAAAGUAUCGGGCUUCGAGAUUUACGUAGUAAAAUUUCAAUCAUUCCUCAAGAUCCAAUGUUAUUUACUGGGCCACUUCGAAGAAACAUCGAUCCUUUUAAUGAAUAUCCAGAAGAAAUGUUGUGGAAAGCAUUAGAAGAGGUGCAAUUAAAGCAUGUUAUUGCUAAAUUACCUGGAGGGUUGGAUACACAUUUAUCAGAAGGAGGAAGAAAUUUCAGCGUAGGAGAAAGACAGUUAAUUUGCCUUGCCAGAACCACUCUUCGUCGGAAUAAAAUUCUUGUUAUGGACGAAGCAACAUCGAAUAUAGAUAAGAGCACCGAUUCUCGUAUACAGAAAAUUCUUCGAGAGAAAUUCAAAUCUUGUACAGUAUUGACAAUAGCCCACAGAUUACACACAAUUAUCGAUUCGGAUAGAGUUCUGGUUAUGGAUACAGGAAGACUGCAAGAAUUUGAUUCGCCGUAUGCAUUACUAAAGAAUGUAAACGGUACUUUUUAUAAUUUGAUAAAGAAAACAGGAAAAACUUCAAUGAAUGAGUUAUACAAAAUUGCCAAAGAUAAAUAUUACGCUAAAGAAAGUAUCGAAAGUACAAGAUGUUAAAAUAAUAAAUCGUCUUCGAUAAUGAUUUUUGUAGAUUUCGUGUUAUGAUUUUUACCAUAAUACAAGAUGUACUGAAAAUUUUUAUUCACAAUUAUUUUAGAAUAUUCUCUUCAAGUGUUAUUUUCUUAUAGGAUGUAAGAGUUUGAAUUGUUAAAAUGUAUAUAUUUGAUACUAUUCGUGAGUUAGGCCCUAUACAUGUGUGGGUAGCCUGAGGUAAGACGAAGUUGUACCUCUUUUUGAUAGACAACAGUUUGGUGAGAACUGCCCACUGGUCAAUGGAUGGCUUGUUUAUGGGUUUUUCUAUCCCGGAAAGUCGGGAUUCUUUUCUCAGGUCGAUUGGAGGAUGUGAGAGGGGUCGUCGGUAAGACGUUGGCGAUACUCGAAUUAAAGACACCAAUUAACAACAAAACAAGGAUUUAUUUAUAAGAUAACAUAACUAACAUAUAUACAUUGAGCUUAUCUCGAGCGGAACCGACACGCGGAAGUGGAGGAAAACGCGUAGAGAGAGAGUUUACAUUAAUGGGUAUCAUACCUCUACGAGGAGGGAAUCGAACGAUCGGACGUUUUCUAACCGAAUCGGACAAGUUGUCUCGAGGAACGGACUGCGGCACGGGUUUUCGGCGAUCAUGAACGGUGAUGACGGACCGUGUUCACGGACGGCGACGACGGACCCCCUUUUCUCGUCGUCACCCCUCUUUUAUACCUUUCGUCACGUUACUGGGUUUCGCCAAUUGCCGAUUUUUAAAAUAAGUUCCUUAUGAAUCAUUUUUCGGGUUCCUGAGAGAUAGGAAACGACUCCGUGGGAAGGAAAUGUGUAUAUCCUUUUUCGUAAUAUUUCGA